AUGACUUUCACAGCUACUAACCCAGAUGGAGUACGCAUUGUGGACAUAUUUUCUGCGAUUGUAGUCGCCUCUGCAAAAAAGUACGACAUGCUGUCGCUCCUCUCCAAUGGAAUUAUGUCGCAACGCCUACACUCGUAUCAGGCCCCUGCCUUGUUCACCAAAGCAGAAAUCUUAGGAGAGUCAAAAUACUUUGCAGGUUUCUCAAAUAUCACUGGAAGUGCAGGGUCAGCCUCUGUUGUUGUUGAAACAGAAACCUCAGCUGCGUCAGCUCUUGCACUGCGCAAAAUCGACUUCUAA